GAAGGGGGCACCGGGCCGAGGAUGAAAGUUACAUAUAUAUAGAGGGAGAAAGAAUUCAGAUCGCAGAAGAGAGAAGUCGCAGCGGCCGGUUCAGGACAAUCGCGGACAAUCUAUCGGAGUGAACGGAACACCAUAGACGGAAAUAGCUUCUUCGAUUCUGUAUUUGAUUCGAGGGUGACACAUCGGGCGGCGGUACUGACCUAAAAAUGAGAAGUUUUAUAUUGUUGGUGUUCUGCGUACAACUUGCCUUUCCCAUGAUCGCCAGGCAUCACAGGGACAGCGGAUUUCUGAAUCACGUGCAAUUGGUGCACGAGUUUCGGUGUUCUAUGCCUCAGCCGAGAGCGGUGCCAGUAGAGGAGCUUUUAACCGUUGGUCCGAGUCCCGAUGAAGUAUUCUAUCCAGCUUCUACGGUUCUCACGCGUUGCAACGGUGCCGGGUGUUGCCCCGAUCCGAAACAGAUUUGCGCGCCUAUCGAGACCAGGAACGUUAGCCUCGUCUUCACGGUGAAGCACACGAUCGAUCGGCAACGGGACAGACAUCAUGAAGUGAUACACGCGUUGGAGCACACGAAGUGCGGAUGCGUCGAUAAGAAACUGAUCAAAUUCGACUGAUUCUAUCCGCCAGCCAAUCCGAGUAUCGCCAAGUAGUUAACGAUUAGUGUCCCGUUCGGAUUAACGUGUACAAAAAGUUCGUUUAAUUAGCAGUAAGACGUCAAGAUAAAUGUAAGACAAGUUCCUUGUUCUAACGCCCUUUCAGGU